AUGGAUGAGAGUAAACCAUUCAAUCCAAGUGACGACUGUGUUUUUCUACCUGGCGAUUUUCCCAAGCUGAAAAAAAAACAUAUUAGCAAGAAGCUUUUUUUUCAGUUGUUUGAAAAUGUUUGGGCAGAUCCUUGGAUCCAGCCAUUAUUUACAGAGCACUUGCUAAUGCAGAUUCUGCGAAUGUUGAUUGGCUGGCCUAUUGAAGGAGGUGUGAAUAUCUGUAACGAACCAACUCGACGCAUGGCUUUUUCGGUACUCUCAUUACUCAGUGAUCGCUUUGGCACCGAACACGCUUGGCCAGCACUUUGGCCAUAUAAUGGUCAGAGUUCAUCUUAUCCACCAAAAACUUGGCGAAAACUAUCUCAGCCGUAUCAAUCACUUCAGUUUUUGUUUCUCGUUCAAAUCAAUAGUGGAUUAAUGGACUAUGAUGUAUCGCUUGACAUGGUCAGAUCGUUUAAUGACCACGACUCUUUUUUGAAAAUCAAACUUAUAAUGAUGCUUGUUGAAGGACUGAUUACCCACGGAAACUACAAUCAAGUAGAGCACUUUAUUCAGCAGGCUUGUGAAAUAUGGAAGAUGCGACCACCCAUGAGCGUAUACCUGUCAUUGUUUAAAGCAUAUGCUCGAAAACACGAGUUUGGCAAUGCAAAUCGUAUCUUUCUCUACAUUCAGGAAAAAUGGUGGCCACUUCCUAUGAAGAUCUACACGCUAAUGCUUAUGCUAUAUCUCACCGAGCUUCGUGCUCAAGCACGACAUGCCAAGCCACCAUUAAAACCGUUUGAGAUGACUGAUACGGGAGAGUAUUUAAUUCGACCUACACUCCAACUAAGGUAUUACGAUUGGGAUGGUGAAACUGAACAUACCAAUAAAGAUCUGGAGGCUGGCGCGCGAAAGCUAUUGCAGACUAUACAAGAGUCCACGUAUCAAAAGGAUACGCUAUUGUACGAUGUCAUGGUGGAUGUAUAUGCGUGUUUGGGCGAGUUUCCACAAGCAAUAGAAUUGUUUGGCGAAAUGCGAUCUAGUGCAGAUUUCAACCCCAAAAGAGAUACUGCAACCUAUUCCAUCUUGAUUGAAGCGCUAUUCAAGUACAGAUACAAUUCAAACGUACACUCUGAAGUCAAGAGCAACCCAGAUAGGCAGAUGAUUCAUAACAGAAAUGUAUUUCCCAAAUGGCAUGCUAGUAUGAGCGUGCCAGAAACACUACAGUUGCUUUUGUCGGACAUGGCAUUUGUUGGUAUUCAGCUUUCAAUCCACGUGAUGAUGGGCAUUUUGUGGUGGAAUAUGAAACAUUCAUCUCCUCAAUAUGUUCAUGAUAUGAUUGUGUCAAUCAUGUCAAAUCAUAGAGGCAGUGGUGAGCCUGUAUCAAAUUCUACAAUCGGAUAUGAUGAAUUUUCUAAAGGCAUCAAACUAGAUCUGACAUUUUAUGACAUGUGCAUUCGUUGGGCAAUGCAGCAUGGCAAUGCAGUUUUAGUAGAUAUGCUAGUAAAACAUGCAUACCAGAACGGAAUACCACUUUCCAUUCAUGCAAAUUGA